AUGCCUGUCAAAUCCCAAAAUAUUUACGACAACCCAGAAUUCUUCGUGGCGUACGGAAACCUCCCUCGAUCUCAACACGGUCUGCCGGCGGCACCAGAAUGGCCUGUCCUGGAGGAGAUGAUCAUCAACCCGAAGUCCUCUGCUACAGGGCCAUCAGAAAACCCUUUGAAAGAAUCUCACAUUCUUGACUUGGGGUGUGGUUACGGAUGGUUCGUCCGCUGGGCCCGUGAGAAAGGCGCUGGUUACGUCAAAGGAAUCGAUAUUUCCGAAAACAUGAUCAACCGAGCAAAAGAGUUUGAGGCUGAGAUCAAUCAUCAAAUAAGCAAUGGGGCGGUGGCAACAGCCCCUGCUACAGAAGUCACCUUCGGAAUUCAGGAUCUCGAGACUAUAAGCUUGACUUGCCAGCCUGAACAUGGGUUGUAUGAUCUGGUUUAUAGUUCCCUAGCCUUUCACUACAUUGAGGAUAUCGUACGACUUUUCCGUGAAAUCCAUAGCUGCUUGAAAAAGGGCAAUGGUCAUGAGCCAAGGGGGAGGUUGAUCUUCUCUGUUGAACACCCCAUUGGAACCGCCCUCGUCAAUCCAGGGCCGGGAUUCAAAGUAAUACAGGAAGGAGGUGAAGACCGGAUAGUGUGGCCAUUGAACUCUUAUAGCAGCGAGGGCCUACGUUUGAGUAGUUGGCUGGGAGCAGAGGGAGUGAGAAAAUAUCAUCGCACUGUUGAGACCUAUGUCACAGCCUUGCUUGAGAACGGAUUUGUGUUGACCGGAUUGAAAGAUUGGUGUCCUUCAAAGGAGGCUGUCGCAGGCCAGCCAGAAUGGGGAGCCGAGAGACAUCGUCCAUACUUUCUGCUGAUUUCCGCGGAGGUGAGGGAAUGA